CAUCCAGUUCGUGUGAUUCCAAAUCUUAGAAACCCCAUUAUCUAUCCCAUAUGUAAACCGUCAUAUCAUUCCGCCGAGCUUGUUAUUGUUAUUAUUAUCUCCUUUUCUCAUUAUAGUAAUACCAAUUCUAAUGGAGUCUGCUUCUGCUACAGCUACUGCUAAUCAGAGGGAGCUUCAAAGCUCAACCGCUGCUGCUACGGCGGACUCCAACAGAGGCCGCCAGGGCGUCAAAUUCCAUCUCCCAAAGCUCAUUCACUACAAAUGGUGGCUCCGCAUAACCUGCUACAUCUUCUUCCUCCUCACGGGUCAAUCGGCGGCCACGCUCCUCGGCCGCCUCUACUACGACAAAGGCGGCAACAGCAAAUGGAUGGCCACUCUCGUCCAAUCCGCCGGCUUCCCUCUUCUCCUCCCUCUCCUGCUCUACUUCCUCCGACAGAAACACCACCACCGCAGCGGGCGGAACCAUCUCCGCCGCUGGCUGCCGCUGAUCUACCUGGGUUUCGGCGUCCUCCUCACCGCCGACAACUUGAUGUACUCCUACGGCCUCCUUUACCUCCCUGUCUCCACCUAUUCCUUGCUCUGCGCUACCCAAUUGGCCUUCAACGCCGUCUUCUCCUUCUUCCUCAACAACCAGAAGUUCACCCCGUUCAUCCUCAACUCCCUCGUCCUCCUCACCGUCUCCGCCACCCUCCUAGCCGUCAAUUCCGCCGACGACGACACCGCCUCCAGCGCCGCCAAGAACAAGUACGCAAUCGGAUUCCUCACCACCGUUGGAGCCUCCGCUGCGUACUCUCUUUACCUCUCCCUCAUCCAGCUCACCUUCGACAACCUCGUACCGUAUAAGGAGAAUUCGACGGUGGACGAGGCAGAGGUGGAAUUGCAGAACCACCACUCCUCCGCCGCCGCCGGAGUAAAUUCUGCUGUCGACAACAACACCCUUCACACUCUGGACUCGGACCUGCCAGGAGGAGUGAGAGUUAUGGCGAAGGCGGUGGUGGAGAUGCAGAUCUACCCAUCGGCGGUGGCGACGGUCGGUUGUGUGGUGGGGAUUUUUGCGAGCGGGGAGUGGAAGGAGGUGAAGGGGGAGAUGAGGGGUUAUACGGAGGGGAAAGCGGCGUACUUGUUGACGCUGAUCUGGACGGCGGUGGCGUGGCAGGUGUCGUCGCUGGGGAUGUUGGGGUUGGUGUUCGAGGUUUCGUCUCUGUUUUCGAACGUGAUCAGCACUCUGGCGCUGCCGUUGGUUCCGGUGCUGGCAGUGGUGCUGUUCGGGGAUAAGAUGGACGGCGUGAAGGCGGUGGCGAUGGUGCUGGCGGUGUGGGGGUUCGUCUCGUAUGUUUAUCAGCACUAUCUGGAUGAUCGUUCCACGGCGGAGCGCACGGCGGCGGGCGGCGAUGCGCGGGAAUGUGGAAAUGCGGAUCGACGAGCCGAGAUUUGUUAAAUUAAAGACUCAAAAAGGAGGAUACGGAGAGUUGAUUGGGCUCAAAGGCAAAAGCCUCCAAAUUUUACACGUGUAUAAGCUAUUUGCAUUGGGAAAUAGUUUAGUUACGAGAAAGGUCAGGUCAUAUUAUCGAGAUAAGAAAAAAGGAUAAAUUGCAAGUUUGGUCACUGAAAUUACUAAAAAGUUUCAUGUUUGCCACUCAAAUUAGCUUAUUCCAUUCAACCGUUUAAGUUUGGUCACUCUACGUUAGUCUCCGUUAACUUUCGCUGAUGUGGCAGUCAACUCUAAUAGUUGACCAUUAAAUGUGUGACGUGGCAAUUAAAAAUUUAUUAAAAAAUAAAAUUUAACUUUUUUAUAAUUUCCACCUCAUUAUAACAAUAAAUAAAAUUAAAAUAAAAUUAAAAUUAUAUUUUCCGUUCCCUUUGAGCUCGCCGUCACGGAGCGCCACCGCCUUCUCCGAUUCCAUAUCUACGACUUGGGAAGCUGGAGUCUAACCAUGUAUAGAGCUUCGGAUUAACCAAAGGACAUAUCUGGCCCAUGUCGUGUAACAUAAGAUCUCCUUUAACCUCUCGCUCAACUGCAAUGUCUAUAGUUGAGACAAAAAGAUUCAAACUUUUCUGCAUAUAAAGUCAUAACAACUCUAUAACCAUGCGAACCAAUAAGAAAAGCAACACAAUCAAGCGUGGAUGGCAAAAUGUCGAGACCAAUCUAUUAAUGGCCGUUCUCAGUUAAUGUCUCCCCAUACAACUGUCGCGAGAACGACACCGGCGACGGAUUCAGGCGGCCGAGGCGGAAGGGGUGCAGCUUGGUCGCCGGCGCCGACAAGAGGAAAUUAAAGGAUUUAGAGUUAAGGAUAUCGUGUUUUUACCCGCGGAUUGAGGUUUUGACCGCCACCUCCUUCUGCGCUUAGAAAAAAAUAAAACCCCCUCAGUUUUGACUAUGUACGAAUCGAACGAAUCCCACAUCAAAUCGCCCCCUUCUCCGCCGCAUCUCCUACGGCGUGUUCCACCUUGACUGAUCGAUAUUAGAGUAGUCAAAGAGUAAAGGAAAUAUCACAUUGGUGGGAGGAAGAAAGUGCAAGUUGUUUUUAAGUUUGCUUUCCACUUUAGUUAUUGGAUAAAGUGGUUAGUGGGCUUUUGGAAAAAGUGUGGGCUAUUUAAUUCGACAUAUUAAAUCGCACUACGCACUUAGCACUUGGCGAAUGGCAGCUGCUACAGCCGAAGGAAAGCAGGCCUCCAACAGAACAUCGUCCCACGUACCUGUGUCAGGAUCUAUUGGCUCUUUAACGUAUGCAUCCAACGGGAGCCCCAUCGGUGUGGAUGUAACAAACUGGUGCUUAGUACUCGGGACCCAACGGUCUCCCUAGAUUCUCACAUUCUCCUCAUUCCCGAUCCUCCAUCUAAGUCUGCCACUCAACAGCUCAUGCCAUCCUGCGCAGUGAGGAGACUACGGCAAACGAAACUCGGGCGGUAACCAACAGUAGCAUCUAUAAUUGGCGUCCGCUUAUGGUACUUCGCUUUGAGAAUUCUUUCUAUCAAGGAGUCCGAUCUCUUCAUCAAAUUCCACAGUUGUUUGGCUCACAUAACCUUAUUGAAUUCUUUCAAAUCCCUGAACCCCAUUUCAUCUUCCUCCUUGGGGCUGACCAUUUCUCCCCUUCUUGGACAGUGGGCUCGUCUUUCCUCACCUUUCUGACCCUACUAGAAAUUCAUAAUUAGGCUAUGAAUUCCGUCAAUCGUACCAUCAGGAAAUUUAAACACCGACAUCUCGUACGAGAAUUGCGCCUGCGCCACAGACUUUAUCAACACCUCCCGAGCCACCAUAGAAAUUUUGUGCUCUUUCCAACAGUUCAGCUUUUCCUUGGUUCUUUCCUUUAUUUCCUCAAAGAUCUCUUUCUUACGGUCGUGUGGUUUAGAUCAUUGGGCAUCUCAGCCCUCUCAAUUAUGCCUUUCACAGUUUGCACCACAUCGUCACCAACGGUAACCCAGUACUUUCGAAAGAAGAAAGCCCUUCAUAGUUGACCGUUAAAUGUAUGACGUAACAAUUAAAUAUAGAAUACGUGCGAAAGCCACCGCUAUACAGAUAUAGCUUAGGCAUUUGUUUCCUGGCACAUCGCAAUGGUCGAGCCAACACAGGUUUGAACCAAAAAUUUGGUAUUGAGAAACGAAAAAACGUGAGAACGAAUAGGUCUACAAGAUUGGUUUAAUCUAGAGGUGGCAAAUAGAUUGGAUCCAUGAAUUGGUAGAUUGGAUCAAAUGGAUUGGUGGGUUAUAUGGAUUUGAUUAAAUGGAUAGGUGGAUUAAUGGAUUGGAUUUAAAUGGAUUGGUGGAUUAAUGGAUUGGAUGAUAUGGAUUUGUGGAUUGAUCCAUGAUUCCAAAUGACAUCAAAAUCUUGGACCAAUAUGUAAAUUUGAUAAGUUUAGGCACUAAAAUGUCAUAAUGUAAAAUUGAAGAUACCAAGAUGUAAUUUUCCAAUUAUAAUUUUCGUACAAAAAAAAAUUUGGUACCAAAAUGUAAAAUAUAAAAGUAUAGGUAAUAAAAUAUAAUAUGCCAAUAAUCAAUAAAUCCACCAAUCCAAUUGGAUUUCAGAUGAAUUAGAUUAGUUGGAUAUUUUAAUGGAUUGAAUUAGUUGGGUAUUUUAACAGAUGUAUUGAAUUUGAUUGGUGAAUUGAAUUAGAAGUUGCCACCUCUAGUUUAACCUGUCAAAAGUUUUACCAUCUUCUUAUUCAUGGCACCACUGUCGAGCUUUUUACCCCAAGUCGGAGUCGUCAGUGUUCAUUAGGAAUGGCAAUGGGGCAGGUCCGGGGCGGGUAUCUCGAUACCCAUACCCGCCCCAUGACAGGUUUGGUCCAGGUCGGGUAAUUUAUCACGGGGCGCGGGUCGGGGCAGGUCGACCCAUUGGGUAUGUAAUUUAUGUGAAAAACAUUAGAAAUAUUCGUUCUUUUCAUUGAAAGACCAAGAAAGAAACCAUAAUAUGAUAAAAUGUAGUUAAAUUA